CAAAAAUAUGCACAAAAAAGAGAAUGAAAUGAAUAUUAUAAAAACUGUGAAUGAAGAAAAUAUUUUGUUUACACAAUAUUGUGACAAAAAUGAAUAUAUCAUGCCACAUUUUAAUAAAAAUAAAAAGAUUAUAUUAAAUAAUACAAAUGACAAUACUACAGAUAAACAAUUAAAAUGUAAUAAAAAAAAUAUUAGAUUGCAUAAUAAUAUGUGUCGUCUAAGUAAUAAUAUAAGGAGUGAAAAAAAAGUUAUACAAAAAAAUGGAUAUUAUCAAAAUGAUGACAAUGAUAAUUAUAAUGAUAUCAAAUGUGAUACAUAUAAAAUAAGAAAUAAAGAUAAUAAAAAUAUAAACAAUGAAAAAAAAAUGAAAUAUAAUAAUAAAUAUCAUAUGAAGACAAAAUUUUGUUCAAAUCAGAAAAAUAAGUUAUAUUUCAAAGAAGAAAGAAAAUAUAAAUAUAUACAUAAAAUAUACAUAUUAAAAUAUUUAAUAAAAAAAGAAAAUAAAAAGAAUAUUUCAAAUAUACAAAAAAAAAAAAAAAAAUAUAUUCAAAAGUUAAUAAAAAAUAAUAUGUUAUAUAAUAAUGAAGUUCAAAAAAAAUGGAUUAAAAAAAAAAUUCUCAAUGAAAAUUAUAAAUUAUUUUAUUUAAAAAAAAAAAAAAUAUCUAAAUGUUAUAAAACUCCAUUCAUUUUAUUAAAUGCAAAAGACAAAAAUGAAAAAAAUAUAAUAAAAUAUAAUAUAAGAAAUAAUCAAAAAAUAUAUGGAAAUAUGAUGAUAUAUCAUACUCAUAUGAUGGAUGAUAGAAUUCAUAAUGAUACUCUUCAACAUUUUGAUAAUAAAAAAAAAAAGAAAAAAAAAAAAAAAAUGGACGAUUUUUUUAAAAAAGGUUAUAUAAAAGUUGAAAGGAAAAAAAUAUACAAAGAGAAAAAAAAAAAAAAUGUAUUCCUUUCUUUAAUAUUAUCAAUAAGAACAAAAAAAAAAUAUCAUAGCAGUUUAUUUAUAAUGAAUAAAGAUAAUGGAAAUAAUCAUUAUUAUAUAGAAGAAGAAGAAGAAAAAAAAAUGGAUAGAAUAAAAAAAAAUAUAAUUUGUUUUUUAAAAUGUUCGAAUGAUGAACAGAAAGAAAAGGAUAUCAUCAUGAAAGUUAAAAAAGAACAUAACGACAACAAAAAAAAAACUAAUAGUGAUACUUAUCAUGAACAUCAUAAUUAUGAUGAAGAUAAUAUAAUAAUAAAAGAUAUAUUAAUAGCUCCAAAAAAUGAUAAUGAUAUAAAUAUAGACAUAAUGAAGGAAAAGAAAAAACAUACUUGUCUACUCGAAGAAAAUAUUUCUCAAAAAAAAAAAGAAUAUGAUUUUUCUUUAAAUUUAGAGAAGUAUGUAUUAAAACAUCGUAUUAAUGAUAUCAGCUGGAAAAAAAAAUAUAUAUUACAGAAUAGUUUAAAAAAAAAUGUACAUAUAGAAGAAUGUAUUCCUUGUCCACAUCAAGAAGAGAAUGAUGAAGAGGAAAGAAUAAACGACAACAGUGUGAAUAAUAUAGAAUAUAAAGAAAAAGAAAAAGAAGAAGAAGAAGAAGAAGAAGAAGAAGAAGAAGAAGAAGAAAAAGAAGAAGAAGAAGAAGAAAAAGAAGAAGAAGAAAAAGAAGAAGAAGAAGAAGAAAAAGAAGAAGAAGAAAAAGAAGAAGAAGAAGAAAGUGGGAAUCAUAAUAUUGUGGUGAAUAGGAAUACAUAUAUAAUGAACACAAACCAAAAAAAAAAAAAUAAAGAUAAUUAUAAAGAAGAUAUAAAAUAUAAUAAGAAUUUUUCUAUAAGUAAUAAUAUAAAUAAUAGUAUUACAUAUAAAAAAAAUCAAAUAGACAAAUUAUUUAUUAACAACAAAUAUUUGAUUAACAAUCAAUCGGAUGAAAAAAAAAAAAUAUUUCCAUUCAAAGAAAUAUUAUCAAAAAAAAUAGAAGAAAUAAAAAAUAAAAACAAUUUUAUAAGAAAAUUAUCUAUUCAUGAUUUUUAUGCAAACAUAUUUUUUCCUUCAAAUAAAAAUAAAAAAAUAAAUAAUAAAAAAAACAACAACAAUAAUAAUAAUAAUAGCAAUAGUAAUAAUAGUAAUAAUAAUAAUAAUAAUAAUAAUGAUGACUGUAUUUUUAUAAUGGACAAAAAAUAUAAAAGUAAUAUGAAAAAUAAAGAAAAGAUACUACUGCAUGAGGAUGUGAAAAAAAAAUGUAAUCAGAUAAU